CUUACUGGAGAGCUCUCUAUUAGUGGCUUGGCAACUCUGUUUUCCAGUCAUUCGACUCCAGUCGAUUGAGGUGAUCAGUUUAUCGUGAUCUUGCGCCAUUGAUCCUUCUAAUUACUCUUUUUACUCGUAAUAUAUUAAAUACUGAACAAUUCUUCUUUAUUGCUAUUAAUAGAUAUAUUAUAAAAAAUGGCGGAACCUAUAGAUGUUGUGGUGACUGGUGCUGCUGGACAGAUUGCCUAUUCUUUAUUGUAUCAAAUUGCAGCUGGUACAAUUUUUGGCCCACAACAGCCUAUUAAUUUACGAUUAUUAGAUAUUCCACCUAUGUUGAAAGUAUUGGAUGGUGUAGUUAUGGAACUAGAGGAUUUAGCACUUCCUCUGUUACGAGAGGUUUUGCCAACAGCUGAACCAGCAAAGGCUUUUAAUAAUGUGGCAGCUGCUUUCUUAGUUGGCGCAAUGCCCAGAAAAGAAGGAAUGGAACGUAAAGAUCUUUUGGCUGCAAAUGUAGAAAUUUUCAAGGUACAAGGCGAAGCAUUAGAUAAAUAUGCUCGUAAGGAUGUUAAGGUGUUAGUUGUAGGUAAUCCUGCUAACACUAAUGCGAUUAUUUGUUCGCAUUAUGCACCAUCUAUUCCAAAAGAAAAUUUUACUGCAAUGACUAGAUUGGAUCAGAAUAGAGCUCAGGCAACAUUAGCCGCAAAAUUAAAUGUGCAGGUUGAUAAAAUCAAGAAUGUCAUUAUUUGGGGUAAUCAUAGCUCUACGCAAUAUCCUGAUGCAGCACAUGCAACUGUAACACUUUCAUCUGGUGUGAAACCAGUACCAUCUGAGAUUAAUGAUGAUGAAUGGUUGAAUAAUAUCUUUGUAUCAACGAUUCAAAAACGCGGAGCUGCAGUAAUAGCUGCUAGAAAAAUGUCCUCUGCCAUGUCUGCUGCUAAAGCUGCUGGAGAUCAUAUGAGAGACUGGUGGUUUGGUACUAAACCUGGAGAAUGGGUCAGCAUGGGUGUUGUAUCUGAUGGAAGUUAUGGAAUUCCAAAAGAUGUUGUAUUUUCCUUCCCUGUCAUUAUUAAGGACAAACACUAUGAAAUUGUGCAAAAUCUUCCAAUUAGUGACUUUGCAAAAUCAAAGCUAGAUAUCACAUCUAAAGAAUUAGAGGAAGAACGUGCUGAGGCAAACAAUGUGUUGAAAAAGUGACUAGUAGCGUCAGUGCAAAAUAAUGAAAUAAAAAAAGAAUUUGUGUUAGCAAAAUUAUAAAAAAAAAGUUAUUAAUAAUGCUACACAGAUAAAUACACACACACACACACAUACAAUAUAAAACACAUAUAUAAAACAAAUGUCUCAAAAUUUGUAAAAAUAUUGCGACAUAAAGUCGCGAAAAUAUAAAUGUUAAAUAUGAUUUUACGUUUGAAACAGUAGAUUUCCUGGGAUAUAGAAAUUUAAAGUUUGAUAAUGAACUUUAAAUUCUCUAUUUGCGAAUCGCGCAACAAGAGAUUGGACGUCAAUAUAUUGCUGCAAUACUUUUGUAUUUGCAUACAUUUUAGAUCACUGUAUAAUGUGUGUAAUUCAAUGUAAAUAUUAUAUGUAACAAUUUAAAUAGAAGGUAACUGGAAGUCUUAAA